AUGAGUGAUCAAUUUGAUGAUGAUGAUUUUGUGGAUGGAGAAGAAAUCUAAAAUAAUAAUCCAAGCAAUUAAGUAUAAAUUAACACUGAUCAAUAAAUUCAAUCUAAAAAAGUUGAGGAAAUGGAUGAUGAUGAUGAAGAAUAAAUAAUUAUUACAGAUGAUAAUUAACCAAUUCAAAUAUAAUAAAAUAUUUAAAAUGAUGAAAUUCAAGUACAAUUCAUUGAGCAAACUUAAAACCAAGAAUAUCAGAGUUCAAAGAGUAUUGAAAAUUAAUAAAUUAUUGAAUAAUAAUAGGAAAAUCAUUUAGAAGAAAUUAUUUAAAAUUCUGAGAUAGAAUAACAAAUAAUAGCCAAAAAUAAUGAUAUUUAAUAAUAAAGUAUACAUGGAGAAGAAAAUGAAUAAUAAAAUGAAGAUGAAGAUUUUGAGGAAGGAGAAGAAAUAUAAAUUUAGAACACAGAAGAAAAUAUUAUAAAAAUAUAAGAGUAAAUUAAUUAGAUUGAAGAUAAUUAAGUAGAAUAAGUAGAAUAAUAAUAAUAAUAAUAAUAAUAAUAAUAAUAAUAAUAAUAAUAAUAAUAAUUAAAUCAUAAUAGCGAUACAGAAUCAGAAGAAGAAAUUAUUGUAUUAGAUAAAGAGGAUAAAUUAGUUGAAGAAGAACAAUAAAAAAUUGAUGAAGAUGACUUUGUGAGUGGAGAAGAGAUUGAAAUAUAAAAUGAUAAUUAAGAAGUUAAAUAAAUAUAAAAUAAUGAUGAUGAUGAUGAUGAAUUUGAAGAAGGUGAAGUAAUUGAAGAAUAAGAGGAUAAUACAACUCAAAUUAAGGAGGAAAAUGAUUAAACUAAUAAUCUAAAUUAGGUAAAUUAUUAUUCAAUAUUUAGAGAGUGUCUUCUGUUAAUAAAUAAUAAAUUGAUCAUUUAUACAAUGAAUUAUGUUAAGGAUUUUAAUGUCCUCUCUAAAAGAAUUUCGAUUUAGAUUCAGUGUAAUAAUUUUUGAUUUUUAAUAGGCCUGCUUUAUAAUUUAGUUCAAUUGAAACUGCUUUAGAUAAAAAUAGUGUGAAUUAUCUUCUUGAAAGAGAGUAAUAUAAAAUAAUAUAAAAGAUUAUAGCAUGGACAAGUCUAGAAAGAUUUCAAUAGUAUGACAACUCCAUCUAAAAUCAAUAUUAAUGAAAUAGGAGUAUCAUAAGAAUUAAAGAAUGCAUUCCUUGAUUAAAUUAAACUCUAUACAUUAAUAUGGACCAAGUAUUAACCAUACAUUUAGUAUUUAUAAUUUUAAUGAUUAGAAUGUCUGACCAAUAUAAUUUUGUAAUUGAAUACCCAAUGUUUGAAUAUGUAGAUGUAUCUUCAGACAAGUCUCCAGUUCCAAGAGGUGGAACUUCUCAAUUUUAAUUAAAUGAUAUAGGAAGACCAGGAUUGUAAGAGAUAUUAGAUUUAAUUCCUGAUUAUUCUAAACUGUUAGAACAGACUUUCUCAAAUGAAACAUGA